AGUUCCUCUUCCGCUUCCGAAGAAGAAGAAACUUCUUCAAUGGAGUCCGGUCAUGUGUUUCUGAAACUGAAGCGCGUAAACAAACCGAUAUGAGGGUCACAGUUACACAUUUACGUUCACUGGUGUUUUCGUCCCGUCCUUAAACUAAAUGCAGUUUCAUUGACCGUCGUGAAGGUGAAGAUCAGACUCAGUUAAGAUGCUGUUUUCUUUACCUCAGAGAGGUUUUCAGGGUCUGACAGCAGUCACCAUCCUAAAGAGAAAACUCCACCUGAGCGCCGCGGUCACGAGGAGCUGCUCACCUGUUCAGGGGGACGUCAGGGUCAGGUUUGCACCCAGUCCGACAGGUAAGACCCUCCCCUUUAAUCCCACUGAUUUUACCUGAACCAACUCUGUUAUAGAGGUCAGUCAGUCUGAAGACUCUUUUAUUAUUAUUCUAUUAUUGUUCAUUAUUGUUAUAUUAUUUUAUUAUUGUUCAUUAUUGUUAUAUUAUUGUUACAUUAUUUUAUUAUUGUUAUAUUAUUAUUAUUUUAUUAUUGUUAUAUUAUUUUAUUAUUGUUGUAUUGCUUUUAAGUGAUGCUGUCUUUUCUUUUCUCUUUUUUUUUACCUCUAUCUCAUUUCCACUUACUGUCUUUUUAGCCUUUGUUUUACUGAUAAUCUUUUCUUAUAUUUACCAUACUUCAUUUGAAUCAUACUAUACUGUCACAUUUGUAUUUUACUAAACUGUUAAAAUUUUACCAUACUAUACAAUGGGAUUUUUCUAAUAUGAUAUUUUUAUCAUUCUAUACUAUGAUCUUUUAUCACACGAUUGUAUGAAAUUUUUAUCAUGCUUAACUAUGAUUUUUUUAACAUACCAUACUAUAAAUUUUUAAUCUACUACACUUUGGCAUUUUUAUCAUGUCAUUCUUUGAAAUUUGUAUUAUACUAUACAGUGAAAAUUUUUGUUUUAUAAUCUUUCUACCUCCCUUUUUUGUUACAUUGCUUUUUCUUACCUAUUAUAUGUUUUUAUUUUGGUCCUCGUGGUCUCAUUUGAUGUUGUACGGUUCUUGUAUUGUCCGAGUUUCUUAUGGCAAAUGAAAUUGUCCUUCAAUUCAGAGGUUUUUAACUGAGCAUUUGUUUUUUAUUUCCAUGUGCUGAUGUUCUGUGCUUUACGACUGUUUGCCAAAGCAUAAGUGCUAUAAGUUAUUAUUGUUAUUAUUUUGUAUCUCUGACUUGAUUGCAAGGAGACAAGCAAAAAAAAAUGUGAUAAGAUAGCCCCUGUGCCAUCUGAUUAUGGCUUGUCAAAAUGUGUGCUUUGUUUUUUAAGUUUAAUAGUUUAUCUUUAUCUGAAAUAGUGUCUUUACAUGCUUUCCUGGUUUGCUAUGAUCUUCUAUCAAUACGUUGUUCUAACCUGCAGGUUUCUUACACUUGGGAGGCCUUCGAACGGCUCUCUACAAUUACAUCUUCGCCAAAAAGUAUGGGGGUUCAUUUAUUUUACGCCUGGAGGACACAGACCAGAGCAGACUGGUCCCAGGAGCUGCAGAGUCCAUAGAGGACAUGCUGGAGUGGGCUGGUGAGACAGAGGGAUGUGAUUCUCAAAGUUUAAUGGGAAAUACGGAUUCAAAAAAAUAAUCAAAACAUACUUAAACUUGUCAUUACCUAAAGGUAUACCUCCAGAUGAGAGUCCUCGCCAUGGCGGGUCUGCUGGUCCUUACUUGCAGUCUCAGCGACUCGACCUCUACAGACAGACGGCGCAGCAGCUCGUGGAGAGUGAACAUGCUUACUACUGUUUCUGCAGCCCUCAGAGACUCGAGCUGCUGAAGAAAGAGGCCUUCAGGAGCGGGCAGACGCCGAGGUGAUGAGACUACAUGAGAGCAUGUUCACAAAUACAAUCAAAGGUGGGGUAGUCAGGAUCUAAGACAAGAUAUUCCCAAAUGUCAUCAAUGACUUAUAACUAUUGACUGAUAUUAAAAACUUUUUUGUUUAUACACCACAAAAAAAGGAUUCUUCUUUUAUGGAUUCCUGUCUACCCCACCUUUAAGUUUUAGCUCUAUUUGAAAUAUACGGCUCAAGAAAGCUCGGACUAACAGAACACCCUGGGGACUUUUGGUGGAUUUACCGUAUUAAAGACAUUAGCCGUGUCCCCUUUUCCCUCUCCCAGGUAUGAUAACAGGUGUCGUCACCUUAAAGCCCAGCAGGUCCAGGAGAAACUGGCUCAGGGAGUUCCACAUGUGAUCCGGUUUCGUCUAGAAGAAGGUGUGGAGCCUUUUCAGGAUAUGGUCUUUGGUUGGAGUCGUCAUGAGGUCGCCCAGGUCAGUGUUUAAAUGGGCUUUACAUAGAGCUGCACAUAAUUCAAGACAAAAGGAUGAACAAGUUUUUCCAACAAGCAAAAAAAUUCUUGCACGAGUUAAAUGACAACAAAACUUUUGUUGUUGUUGUCUUCUUUUAGGUGGAGGGGGACCCUGUCGUGAUAAAAGCUGAUGGUUUUCCCACCUACCACCUUGCCAACAUAGUGGAUGAUCACCACAUGAGAAUCAGCCACGUGCUGCGGGGGUCUGAGUGGCUCAUCUCGACUUCCAAACAUCUCCUCAUGUACAAAGCUCUCGGGUGGACGCCGCCUACUUUCGGACACCUGCCGCUUCUGAUGAACAAAGACGGCAGUAAACUGUCCAAAAGGCAGGGAGAUAUAUUCAUCCAGAGCUUCCAGAGAGAGGGAGUCCUGCCUGAAGCCCUGCUGGAUAUCACAACCAACUGUGGAUCUGGAUUUAACAGUGAGUGGGCCAGGACUCAGGAGAGAAAUGUGUUAACAGUCGAGCCAAAGAUUGUGAUGCAUUUAAAUUCCCAUUAUUAAACAGUGAAGCUUUCAGUCCUGUUACUGAAUUAGUCUUGUUGAUUUUCAGCCAAUCAGAUGGGUCGGAGGAUCGAUGAAUUGAUCUCGGAGUUUACUCCAUCAAAGAUAACGACACACUCUGCCCUGUUAGACCUGGAAAAGCUGCCGGAGUUCAACAGGUGAGUCAGGACUUCUUACACUUUGUUUCCCAGAACAACAGAACACUCAUGAUUACCGUAUCUCCCCUUUACUUUAGGUGUUUUAUUUUGGUGCGCUCUUUAUGGUCUUGAAAGUAAACAAGUAUUGAUUUUCUCCUUUGAAAUUUGACUCAUAAAUCGGUAUCCUCUCUAACUGAUGCAGAAUUCACCUGCAGCACCGGAUUGAAGACGAGGCGCAGUGCUGUUUGCUGAUCAGAGAUCUGCAGGGACAGAUCCAGCAGACGUACUCGGCAGAGAUUCAGGAUAAAGAUGUUUUGCAUGAAGAUUAUAUUAGACGGGUGCUGCAUCUUCGAAAGGUACCAAAACAGUGGAGUGCAUUCAAACGGUAUAAACCACUGACAUACUUUCAUGCUCAAUCUGCAAGUUGAAACGUAAGCUUCUUUGUAAUUUGUAGAAACAGCUUAAAGACAUUGCUGGAUGACAUUUACGUCCAGUUUGUAGUCGACCUCUUGCCCAUACUUAACGUCUAGACUCUCAUCUAUCGUGUCUCUCUCUGCAGGAUAACCAAAGUGGUUUCUUCUCUUAUUUCUCAGUUCCUUCUGGUCAUACUGAAACUGCUCUCCACCCUUCUGUCUUCAGGGUCACAUCUACUUCCUCAAAGACCUUCUGAGUCCCUCUUACUCCUAUCUAUGGGUGCGUCCUUCCAUCUCCAGCCAGCAGGUGGCAGCACUCACCACAGAGGCCCAGCACAUUGUUUCACUAGUACUCAAGUAUGUAGUUUUGAUCAGUUUCCCUUCUCCGUUAACUUCUUAUCAGGAUUUUGAACGUUUCUGCUUCUUUGUGUCGUAGGUUGAUAUCUGAGCAAAGGGAGGAGCUGUCGGUAGAUCGACUCGCUAAAGAUCUGAAGAUUCUCGCUAAACAGACAAAAGCUACAAAGUACAGAGAAGUGAUGAAGCUGCUACGCCUGACCCUCAGCGGUCUGGAGGUACCUGAACGUGUCAUGUUCCUGUUUUUGACUCUUAGUAGUCAUAUAGUCACUCAUACUUGCCCUGACAGACAUGGGUUCAGUGGAGGAGGUACUAAAACACUUUCAAACCAACAUUCACCCACAGCUUCACCUUCAGUUCUGAGUCAUGUCUGCUGAGUGGUUGACCGACCGGACCAGUUACUACCUGCAACUUUGACCUCCUUAAAAUCCCUUUUAGUGACCUGAACAUCAGACGACCCUGAUUUUAAGACAACUCCUACUUUUCUGGACUUUGUUUUAGAAAAAGUUCAAAGAAAACAGUUUAAAAAGUAAGUCAUGAUAAAAUAGAAACAUAAUAAUGUUAUUUUAGUAUUUAUAUUAACGUUUUUUAAAUACCAUGACAGAUUAGAUAAGCUGCAGUCUGUCUGACGGAUGACAGGUCUGGUAAUGAGCAAACCUUUGUUCUGCUUUUUUAGGGUGAUCUUUUUCUGCCCACUAUUUUCUAACAUUACUCUCAUGACACCAAAGUGUUAUGACUGUUUGACGGUUGUUUCCGCUGCAUUAACAAGCCUUCUUCCCACCUCCUCAGUUGUCCUUUUGUCCAACUUUGCCCCAGUCACCAUCUGUCUUUAUCUCUUUGUCCUGCCACUGUAGCUGACGUAUGGAGGUCUAUAUUGUUAGGAGAAACAGAGAUAUUUAAUCACCAAAACCAGAACAUGAGAUGGUUUCAGCUUUGUAGAUGUAUUUGAUUUAUUAGAGGAACAUAUAUUUGGGUCUUUACAGUAACAAACAUAUGACUAGGACCCCGGUGGGGCACUGUCGGGCCCGAGCCGCGUCGCGCCGCCCCCAGCGCGACCGCCUCCCCCUCCCGAUCGCGUCACACUCAAGGUCCAAAGAUGGUGUGCGCACUUGUCUGUGGUCAUUUCCCAUUAUAAUGAAUGGGAGGCGCAGUUUCUACCAAAACACUCGCUGCAGACAAACUUCAUGUCCUAUUUGAAAAAAGUCUGGACCAUGAGUGAGGGCACAAACACAGCUAGGAUAUAUCCAAAUGGCAGGUUGCUCCUCGUUACGGUGUUGCCGGGAGAGUGAUGCGAUUGAGCCAUUGAGUGAUGGGCAGGAAAAACUUGACUGUUUCUCCUGCCAUGGGGGUUGGGGGAUGGGGGGGGGGGGGGGAAUGUGGAUUCUUUUAAGAAUGUGGAUAUUUGGGUCAUCUUUGGCGCCCCCUAGAGCGUAAACCGUGGCGGCAGCGUCAUGAUUUUUACAACUUUGAAUGGCCAUGGGGUGUAGAUUGGCCUGAGCAAAUUUGGUGUCAGUGGGACGAAAGCCUUAGGAGGAGUUAGCCACAUUCCAAUGUGUGCGAAUCGGCAAAAAAUGCAAAAUAGCCCUUUAACCGUACAUUUUACAGAUACGCGCGCAUUGACUUUUUCGUAGAUCUUAUUGAGAUACAUGUGAUUGUCAAAUUUUGUGUCAAUAUGACAAAGCAUACAGGUAUGACAGUCAACAAUGUGUUUUUUCACCUUAUGGGACACGAAAAAAACGACUUUUUUCUCCUGCCAUGGGGGGGCGCUCUUUUGGGGAGUAAAAAUUCCUUCACAAAUGUGUUGAUGGCUGGACAUUGCAUCAUCCUAGAAAACUUGGAGGCCAGUGAGGACAAAAAUAAAAAGUUAUAAGACUUUGAAAUAUGUGGAUUUUAGGGUUAUCUUUGGCGCCCCCUAGAACGUAAACCGUGGGGUGCAGCGUCAUGAUUUGAAUAACUUUUAAUGGCCAUGGGGUGUAGAUUGGCCUGAGCAAAUGUGGUGCCGGUGGAACGAAAGCCUUCGGAGGAGUUAGCGAAAUUCCAAUGUGUGCGGAUCGGCAAAAAAUGCGAAAUAACCCUUUAACCGUACAUUUGACAGAUACGCCCGCACUGACUUUUUUGUAGAUCUUAUUGAGAUACAUGUGUGUGUCAAUUUUUGUGUCAUUUUGACAAAGCGUACAGGCGUGACAGUGAAUAGUGUGAAUUUUCACCUUAGGGGGCGCUAUGGAGCCAUUUUGCAUUUUCUUGUUUGGGCGACUUCGGAAUAUCAAAUUUUUCACCAGGCCCGGUCGUCCUGCCAAAUUUCAUGAGUUUUCGCCAGUGGGAAGUGGGCCAUUUUCCAGUUCAAAGGGGAGGAAAAAUAAUAAUAACAAAAGAAGGAAACUACAGGAACAAGAGGGCUCUCGCAGCUGCUUAGCAGCUACGCUCGGGCCCUAAAGAGGAGGCCUGUAGAGUUUAGUUGUUCGGAAAAAGAUGGAUUUAAAAAUGUAGACUGAUUAAGCACAUGGUCUGGAUUUAGAGUUUUUUCCUUGAGUUUUAGAAUAGAAUAGAAUAGAAUAUUCCUUUAUUGAUCCUCCAUGGGGGAAAUUUUUUUGUCACAGCAGCAUCACAGACAAGCCAAAAAGUGCAAAAAUGCAGUUAUAGCAAUAAGGGUCCUAAUAUCAAGAACUUGAAUAAAUGUAAUAAUUAAGAAAAAAAUUAGAAAAGGGAGAAGAAAAAAUAAAGCUUUCUACAAUAUACACAAUUUAAAUGCCAUAAAAUAUACACAAUUUAAAUGCCAUAAAAAAAAAUGUCUGAUGAGGUUUUGUUUUGUCCUCCUCACCGGCUGUUUUACAGUUUUUAAUAUUGCUUGACUCUCAGAGGAAGUUUUGACAUUCUUCUUUCAAUUUUACAGCGAAGUUGUGAUUUCAUUUCUGCAUUUUUUAACAAGUCACGUGCAGCGAACUCAGUCUUUUUUUUUUUUAACAAUCAGAAUCAGGAGAUCUUUGCCAGACUUUUUCAUACAUGUGACCCUUUCUUUGUUGUACAGAGUCUGACUCGGCAAAAGAAAAGUGUAAAUCAUGUUUGAAAUGAUACUGCUGACUAAAUCCUUCAGUGACUCAUUCGCCACAGUAACCCUGCAGAUACUGAGAGCAGAAAGGCAGAAAGAGGAAGCAGAUUCUGAUUGCAUUUUUAAAGAGGUUACUGUCUGUUUUUUUCUUUCCGUCUGGUUUAAUUGCAUGACUUCCUCUGCUCUCUGACUUGCAGCAGGGGCCCAGUGUAGCGGAGAUGAUGGUGUCUUUGGGGCCUGCGGAGAUCAGCCAUCGAUUCCAGAGACUUCUGCUGCCUCCAGAGACGAGUUAAAGUCUGAUUCAGACAAGACCUGCUCACACACCCAUCAACCAAACUGUGACGCACUUUUACAUCGAGGCCACUCUGAACUUUUGUCUCAAAGUUCUUCUUUUGGAUCUGACCAAGUGGACCUGCUUUUGGCUUCCUGUGACCUGAUCUGCAGUUUUCUCCUCAGUCAUUCAGCCAUCCUAACCCUGCCUGUGUCAGACUUGUUUAAAUCCUUCUACUGGCUCAUUUUUCCUGCUUCCAACUCAUCAACUCCAAAGACUAAAUGUUCACUUGUGGCCAAAAUACUUGAAUCAUGAAAAAAAAAAAUACGUAAAAAAGGAAAUCUGGUGGUUUUAUUUAUUCCUGACAGGAUCAGGUGGCACACAACCAGAGAUGGAAAGUACCUUGGAUUUUUUUUCUUCUAUGCAAAUAUUGAUGGGGAUUAACUUCUAACGAACCGAACACAGAUGUUCUGACAUAUGCAAACACAAUAAAAAUUAAAAAUAAAGAAUACUUUGAGUUACGACAGAGUAUCAGGGCCACAUUAAGAAGAAGAAUAAAAUAAUAAAAUAAAAACUUAUAGAGUAAAGUCAGAAUAAAGUCUUUACAUUCUAACCGUAUGUUUAAGAUGAAAUGAGAACCAUGGAGCAUUUCAUGAAAAUGUACUUUGGUAUAUGUUUCUUUAACAUCUUGAGGCACAUCAGCACCACAUUAUCAUAACUAUCAUAAUGAUUUUAUCACAACUUUAUUCUCAUGAGUUAUUACUUUAUUUUCAGAAAUUAACGACUUUAAUCUCGAAGUAUCAAUUUUUUUUCUCUUAAAGGGGUGACACAGUUAAAGGAAGAACAUUUAUGAUCAUUACUUUAUCUUCCCCUUUAAGUAAUAAUCACCAUAUUAAUCAUUUUGCACUGCAGACGCGGUAGUUGUUCUGUCUUAGCGUCUUGGUCUGAUUGUAUUUCCAUCAAGAAAUGAUCAUAAAUGUUCUUCCUUGAGCUGCGUCACCCCGCUGUAGUCCGUAAUGGACUGGUCUGAGGUCACAAACAAGCGGCUGCUGGAAGAGAGUAGGUGAGUUGUGUUUAGUCUCUUUGCUAAAGAAAUUAGUCAAAGUUAAAAAGAUGUUUGGUGUCUAGUACUAUGUCUGUGACCCUAUAUGUCCUGGUGAUGAAGUUAGGUGCUGUUCUGAGCAUUAUUUGUGGCUAUAGAGUGGCGUUUUGGUUGAGGUUUGUUUAUGGCUCCUCAGACCGCUGUGUAUUUCUAUCGUGCGGUCGUUACUAAAGUUGGUAUAACUAGAGAAGCAAACGGUCGGCAGCAUUCAUCUCUGGAAGGGGUGUCUAACUCGAUGUUACGGUGUGUUUGACCUUAAAUUAAUGUUACGCCAGAAUAUCCCUUUAACGUGACCCCAAUACUCGGUCGUAUUGAGUCUUGUACUAAAAGAUGAAAAAGGAUGCUGAUAUAAACAUUAAAAAAUAUGCAA